GGAGCGCAAAGCGCUCUCCCUCCCUCGCCCAGCCUGCGUCCUCCUGGCCCGCUCCUCUCAUCACUCCCAUUCUCCAUUUCCCUUCCGUUCCCUCCCUGUUGGGGCGUAAUUGAGUCAAAGGCAGGAUCAGGUUCCCCGCCUUCCAGUCCAAAAAUCCCGCCAAGAGAGCCCCAGAGCAGAGGAAAAUCCAAAGUGGGGAGAGGGGAAGAAAGAGACCAGUGACUCAUCCGUCCAGAAGGCGUGGAGAGCCGCAGCCACCCAGAGCUGCAGCGAGCCGCCCAUACCUGGACUCGGCAGUAGCAACCUCGCCCCUCGCAACAAAGGCAGCCUGAGCGCCAGAGCGGACAUUUGCAACUCAAAUAUGGGGUCUCGCUACGUUACCCAAGCUGGUCUUGAACUCCUGACUUCAAGCAGUCCUCCUCCUGUCGCAUCCCAAAGUGCUGGGAAAGGAAUGCAGGCUCAACAGUACCAGCAGCAGCGUCGAAAAUUUGCAGCUGUCUUCUUGGCAUUCAUUUUCAUACUGGCAGCUGUGGAUAAUGCUGAAGCAGGGAAAAAAGAGAAACCAGAAAAAAAAGUGAAGAAGUCUGACUGUGGAGAAUGGCAGUGGAGUGUGUGUGUGCCCACCAGUGGAGACUGUGGGCUGGGCACGCGGGAGGGCACUCGGACUGGUGCUGAGUGCAAGCAAACCAUGAAGACCCAGAGAUGUAAGAUCCCCUGCAACUGGAAAAAGCAAUUUGGAGCGGAGUGCAAAUACCAGUUCCAGGCCUGGGGAGAGUGUGACCUGAACACGGCCCUAAAGACCAGAACUGGAAGUCUGAAGCGAGCUCUGCACAAUGCUGAAUGCCAGAAGACGGUCACCAUCUCCAAGCCCUGCGGCAAACUGACCAAGCCCAAGCCUCAAGAAUCUAAGAAAAAGAAAAAGGAAGGCAAGAAACAGGAGAAGAUGCUGGAUUAAAAGAUGUCACCUGUGGAAAAUAAAAAGGACAUCAGCAAACAGGAUCAGUUAACUAUUGCAUUUAUAUCUACCGUAGGCCUUUUAUUCAAAAAGUAUCUAUAGCUAAGUAUACAAUAAGCAAAAACAAAAAGAAAAGAAAAUUUUUGUAGUAGUGUUUUUUAAAUGUAUACUAUAGUACCACUAGGGGCUUAUAAUAAAGGACUGUAAUCUUAUUUAGGAAGUUGACUUAUAGUACAUGAUAAGUGAUAGAAAAUUGAGGUAAGGUUUUUGAAGUUAUGUGGCAUUUUACGUUAAAUUUUUUUUUUUUUUACAUUUUUUGGCAGCAAUUUAAAUGUUGUGACCAUGUAAACUACUUUUCCUGUUAGGUAUUUUUUUUCACCUAGACUUUUUUCCCAAUUGAGAAAAAUGUAUACUAAACAAAAUAGCAAUAAAACAUAAUCACUCUAUUGGAAGAAAAUAUCUUGUUUUCUGCCAAUACAUUUUUUUAAAAAUGUAGUCAGCAAAAUGGGGGUGGGGAGGCAGAGCAUGCCCUGGUUCAAUGUUGACUUUCUUUAAGAAAAGCAUUAAAACAUGAAAUUCUUUCACUCUGGCAGAAGCAUUUGUUUUCUUGAUGAAAUUAUUUUUCCAUCUGAGGAAAAAAAGACUAGGAAAAUAAAUCAAGGUGAUGCUGAAAAAA